AUGUCUGCUUUCAGUGCCCCAGGUAAGGCGUUACUCGCCGGUGGUUAUUUGGUGCUAUUCCCCAAAUACAAAUCCUAUGUUGUGGCGUUGUCUUCGCGCAUGCACGCUGUCAUUUCGAAGACCUCGCACCAUAACAGUGACCUGUCCCGUGUGACGGUGCGGUCCCCACAAUUUGCAGAGGGCGAAUGGUCUUAUGAGUUCGACACUUCCCUCCCCAAGAUAACUCCCAAAGAAACCAGUGGAAAGCGCAACCCGUUUCUCGAAGCCACCGUUCACACCGUUUUGUCGUACAUCCAGCCCACAAGUAACUUUAUCGUCGAAAUCGUGAUCUUCUCCGAUGCUGGCUACCAUUCGCAGGAAAACACCACUGUCAGUGUCUCUGACAAUAAGCAUAAACGGUUCUUGUAUCACCAGCGCAAAAUCACGGAUGUGGCCAAGACCGGACUAGGCUCCUCCGCCGGGCUUGUCACUGUGGUGACUGCUGCUUUAUUGGCAUUUUUCCGCCCGGAAUUGGAUGUUACUCAGCGUACAUGCAAGGAUUUGAUCCACAACUUGGCCCAGGUGGCGCAUUGCUCGGCCCAGGGCAAAAUUGGGUCCGGGUUUGAUGUUGCCGCGGCCGUAUACGGCAGCAUCGUCUACCGACGCUUCCCGCCUCUGCUAAUCGAUGAAUUGAUCACCUCUCAGGCUGCUUUGUCUCAAGAAGCUUACUCCCGCGAAUUACAGCGCGUGGUGAACUCACAGUGGGAGUUUACUGCCGAAAAGUGCGAGCUUCCUCCACAGAUUAACUUGCUCAUGGGGGACAUUGCUGGUGGGUCUGAAACACCCAAGUUGGUUUCCAAGGUCUUGCAGUGGCACAAAAACGAACCGGAACAAUCCGAAAAGAUUUUCGCCAGCAUCAACGCUGGAAACAUGACGUUGAUCGACUGUUUGGGAAAAUUGACAACUAUGGCGAGCAAAGAACCGGAAACCUACGCUGAAAUUAUGAGAUGUUUGAGUAAGGGCCCAUUAAUGGCCCACCCGUCGCUUGAUCUCUCUGUAUUUUUAGAGUUGAGUGCUGCCAUCCAGACCAUCCGUGCCAACUUCCGCGAGAUGACCAAAUAUACUGGCGCGGAAAUCGAGCCAGCUGAGCAAACGACGUUGCUCGACAACUGCAGCUUGCUCGCAGGGGUUGUGGGUGGGGUCGUUCCUGGCGCCGGUGGUUAUGAUGCCAUUUGCUUGCUCGUGGCCCGGCGGGCCAUUGGGAUGUUGAUUGAAAAUACCGCUGAGGAGCCUCAGUUUACCAAUGUCGAGUGGUUAAACCUCCACCAAGAGGACGAUGGAGUGACUAUCGAGUCCCAAGAGGACUAUGCUGGGCUAGUUUAGAGGCGCGGAUAAGAUAUGAAUCGAUCCAUGAUCUUGUAUACUGCGUAAAGCUGAGAUACCGUAAUUUCAAAGUAGGAAGCUUACUCGUAGAAGCUAUUCCGCCUAUCGUAUGAUAACCAAAAUGAAGAAAAAAGCGUAGUAUCUAAUUUAGAACACAAAUACAUAAAGUGACGAC